UGAAAGCUUUGUUUCUCUCUAGUAUUUGAAUUUGAUAUUCGAUUUAUCCGACGUAGUUUCCUUUGAACACACGCCUCUCUCUCUCUCUGUCACUCUCUACGGCUUCUCCGGUGAAUCGGACUCCAACAUCGCCAACGUCAAGCGAGCCACGUAGAGAGAGUGUUAAAAACACUAGAACCAUUGAUUCACUUUCUUCCAAAAACCGGUUCUUUUCCGAAUUGCUUUUUAACGAGAUUUUUUUUUCGUUGAUCUGUUAAUCUCAGGGAUUCCAGGUAUUUUUAUCGAUCUUAUUAUAUAGUUUAUGCUCCUCAUCGCUUCGUCGUUUUGAUCUGAUCCACUUGUUUCAUCUCUCAUAAAACUAUCUCCUUUUUGGAUGAUAGCACAAAUAUGAAAGUUUCCUUAAUUAGUAAUACUGGGGAGAGAUUGGUAGAUCAAACCUUUCCCCUUCUGUAAUAUAACUUUUACUGAAUCAAUUAAUGCGUGUUUUCUUUACCAGUUUUAUUUUGGGUGGAACAGUGAUUUGGUGGGUGUGGAAUACUAAUUUAGCUAAUUGUGUAUAUGAUUACUCAAUUUUGGUGUCUCUUGUGGUAGGAUCAGUGUGUAAAAUGAUGUUUUGUCCUAUUUGCAAAACAUCAAUUAUCUUAUAUGCUUUGGCUAGGAAUCUACUCGUAAAGAGAUAUCUUAACUGUUCUGAAAGGAUCACACUGAACAUCGAGCUACCUGGCUGGACAUAUAUGGCUUGAUCGCCCGAGAAGCAUGACCCUCUCCAUAGAAAUAGGAUGAAAAGAGGAGCUCUCAAAGCGAGGGCUAGGGAUAUCUCCGUCGUCCUUGUUGUGCUUGUUUGUGCAACCGUCGGCAUAUGGACAUGGGAUAGUACACCAACCGCCUUUCUUCCACCUCAACGUCAUUUUCUAAAGCUGGAUACAGAAGAAAAGGUUGAGAGAAUAUCUACGGCGCAGAAUACUGAAACUAAAGACAGCUACUCAUCAGCUACCCCGUUUGUAAACAAAGAGCAAAGCAAAGAGGACCAUACUGAUAAUAAAGAUACAGAAGAAGAAAAAGAGAAACAAGUGGAAGAAGUUAGUGUAAGUGAGACGAAUCAAGGUAAGACACCACCUGUUGAAGAAAAGAACCUGGAACAAGUGGAACAAGAAGUUAUUGUAAGUGAGCCAAAACAUCAGAAGACACCACCAACUACUAGUGAAGAAAGUAAACUAAAAAAGGUGAAACAAGAGGUUUCUGUUGGUGAGGCCGAAGCAAAGACAACACAUAUUGAAAAGACUACUCAAGAUCAAGAGAAGAAAACUCUUGCAACAGACGAAGCCAAGAAAGAUAUUAAAGCUUGCAAUUACGCGAAAGGGAAAUGGGUUGUGGAUAAACACCGUCCUUUGUAUUCAGGAUCUCGUUGCAAACAAUGGCUUGCUUCUAUGUGGGCGUGCAGGUUGAUGAAACGUAAAGACUUUGCCUUUGAAAGGUUAAGAUGGCAACCUAAAGAUUGCUCCAUGGAAGGCUUUGAGGGUUCCAAGUUCUUGAGAAGGAUGCAGGACAAGACCCUAGCCUUUGUUGGAGACUCGUUGGGAAGACAGCAGUUCCAAUCCAUGAUGUGCAUGAUCACAGGAGGCAAAAAGAGGCUACAUGUCCUCAACGUGGGACGAGAGUUCGGGUUCAGAACUCCCCGAGGUCGAGCUCGUCCUGGUGGCUGGGCCUACAGAUUCACACAAACCAACACGACGGUCCUAUACCACUGGUCAUCAACCCUCUGCGACAUAGAACCGAUCAACAUCUCCAACCCUUUGACCGAACACGCCAUGCAUCUAGAUCGCCCACCAGCGUUCUUACGCAAUUACCUUCACAAGAUCAACGUCUUGGUGAUGAACACGGGUCACCACUGGAACAGAGGGAAGCUCAACGGCAACAGAUGGGUGAUGCAUGUAAACGGCGCUCCCAACGCUAACAGGAAGCUAGCAGCUCUCGGCGACGCCAAGAACUUCACGAUCCACAGCACUGUGAGUUGGGUCAGCUCGCAGCUACUUAACCACCCUGGUCUCAAGGCCUUCUACAGAAGCCUUUCGCCGAGACAUUUUGUGGGAGGGGAAUGGAACACGGGAGGGAGCUGUGAUAACACGACGCCGAUGUCUAUCGGGAAAGAGGUUUUGCAAGAGGAGUCGAGCGAUUACAGCGCGGGGCAUGCGGUGAAAGGCACGGGGGUUAAGCUUUUGGACGUGACGGCGUUGUCUCGUGUUAGGGACGAAGGUCACAUAUCGAGGUUUAGUAUCUCGGCUAAGAGAGGAGUUCAGGAUUGUCUACAUUGGUGCUUGCCUGGAGUUCCUGAUACUUGGAAUGAGAUCCUUUUCGCAAUGAUAUAAAGUUUUUUUUUUUGGAGUUGCAUGUUUUUUUUUUUUGCAUCAGCAGAGAAAGGGGUUUGAGCCUUUUGAUACAACAUUGAGGAGGUACUAUAGGCCUAAGAUGUAAGUUAUAGUAUUUAUUCUGGUACAGUUAUAUUUACAGAACAGAACCUUAACACACAACUUUGGAGUUUGAACAUAUGAUCAAGGACGCUCCAGGCUCAAGUUUUUAACGGCACAACUGUUUUUAUUUUAGUGAAGAAAUAGAUUGGUUAAGCUUUUUAGUUAAUUCCGGUUUGUACUUUGUACAUAAACUAUGGUUCCUUUACUACUUUAGACUUUUGGUUCAUCAUU